GGUCCACGGUCCCUCUUAUAAAUAGAGUUUGAGAAGAAACUUUUGCAUAGGAACUGAGAAACCGAAGGAACAGAAGAGAAUCAAGAAGAAGAGAGUGAGAAACUAUGGCUUCAUGGAAUUCAUUUCCACUGCAAGUCACCUACGAAGCCCUGGGUUGGUUCGCUUUCUUUUCUUGGUCCAUAAGCUUCUACCCUCAAGUCAUCUUGAAUUUUCGCAGGAAGAGUGUUGUGGGGCUGAACUUCGAUUUCGUGCUGUUGAAUCUGACAAAGCACAGUUCCUAUCUCAUAUACAACGCUUCUCUGUACUUCAGCUCUGCUAUUCAGAACCAAUACUACAAGAAAUACGGUUAUGGCGAGAUGAUACCUGUGGCUGCCAAUGAUGUUGCUUUCUCAAUCCAUGCUGUUCUACUAACAGCAAUCACCCUAUUCCAGAUUGCAAUCUAUGAUCGCGGGGAACAGAAAGUCUCCAAAAUUUCUAUUGGAAUUGUCUCUGUUGCUUGGCUUACUGCUGCAGUCUGUUUCUUUAUUGCUUUGCCUACUCAUUCCUGGCUCUGGCUUCUCUCCAUUUUCAAUGGAAUUCAAGUAUCUAUGACAGUUAUAAAAUAUAUUCCCCAGGCAAUCUUUAACUUCCUAAGAAAAAGCACUGAUGGCUUUAGCAUUGGUAACAUUCUACUUGAUUUUUCGGGAGGGGUCGGAAACUACUUACAAAUGGUUGUGCAAUCUGUAGAUCAAGAUUCAUGGGUUAACUUUUAUGGGAACAUAGGCAAAGUGCUGCUAUCUCUGGUAUCAGUAUUGUUUGAUAUUCUUUUCAUCAUACAACAUUAUGUGUUGUAUCCAACUGCUAAAAAAGGCUCCAAGUGGGUAGACUCUUCCGAACAAGAUGAACAAGUGAGAGAGCACCUUGUCACUCCUGAUCAAACAGCACAAGAGAAUGUGUAAGACACAUGAUCUGUUUCGUAGUGUGUAUAUUAGUACCUUCCCAUUUUCAUAUCAGUAGCAAAACAACCAAAGGAUAUGUUUUAUAGUGCCAUACUCCCGGGGCGCCGUUUAGAUUUCUGAAGCACCAAUGGUAUUAUUUGUUGUAUAAUUUAAGCUUCACAUUCUUUAUGGUAAUUUGUAUCCUGAAUUCAUAUCUAAUCAAGUGCCUGGCAUUUAUUUUGUCACAAGAAGCUGAUUCCUCUGUA